AUGUCGCUGCCUAAAACCUUUCUGGUUUUCAUAUUCCUGAGAUUAGUUUCGCCUAAUCCUGAUACAAUCAUCAACCAAUUAUCAAUGGCGCUGAAUAUAAAAACCCAAAUUUACUUUGGCUAUACUAUGGAAUCUUUUGAAGGACUAAAUUUAGUUACCUCUCAACCGAAAUUAUUAAUUUUCCACAACAUUAGUGAAGAGUUUAAAAACCAAUUCGACGAACCAGUGCUUGUUAUAAUAAAUCUCGAAAACGAUUUGGACUUUAAUCUCAGGACAGUGGAGGUGCUGAGGUCCUAUCUCACAGAUCGACAAUACAAUGAUAUAGUGCUCAUAGAUAAAGAUACACAAGCUAAAAAAAGUUAUAUGGAAAUUGGUAAAGCUUACUGGGAUGCAGGGUUUCCCUACGUGGUAAUUUAUAAUUCAAAAGAAGAACUUUUAUCAAUAAAACCCUAUCCUUAUUUGGAGAUUAGGCCUACAAAUUUAACACACUACGUGAAGAGCAGAAACAACCAUAAUUUAAUGGGUUAUCCCAUGCGUGUUUUAGUUAGCAACGAUCCACCUCAUUGCUUUGCUGAUGAAAAGGAACCACAGAAUUCCCCAAAUCGGUACAAAGGUAGCAUAAUAACCAUUUUAAAAAUAUUUGCCGAUCACCUGAAUGCGACUUUUCAAGCGGUUCCCUUUCCUGAACUUCAACGCUAUUCUACCAACGAAUGUUUGCAGAUAAUAAGUGAUAAUAUAACCGAUGCAUGUGGGAGUAUUUUUAUAAAAACCUUCAAAUAUGCUACCAGUCAGCCAGUUCGCAUGAAUCGUGUGGCUUUAAUGGCCCCAUUUGGCAAUCCCAUUGACAAGUUCUACUAUUUUUUCAGACCCUUUGACCUUUACAUUUGGAUCGGCAUUGGCUUAAUAGUGGUCUAUAUAUCGGUAAUGGGUUCUUUGCUCCAUCGCUGGCACUUCAAGGAGUGGAAUAUGGGUCAAUAUAUCCUGCUGGCCAUACAAACUCUGUUGAACCGGGAACUAUCUUUGCCGCAGUGUUCAAGUGGCUCUAAAUGCAUGCUCCUGCUGUUGCUUUUCGCCAUUGGGUUUAUUUUAUCCAAUUUCUAUGUGUCCCUGCUCUCCAUGAUGUUGACCACCAAACUCUACCAGAGACCCAUUGAAAACUUGGCUGACUUGAAAGCAGCCAAUGUGAAUAUACUGCUGCAAACGCAUGAUAUCAAACCGAGUUCCGUUUAUGGAAGUUCAGAGGAGUUAAGGGAGAGAUUUCUUCUGGUCGAAGAAUCCCUGCAAAAGGAGAGAAAGGAAGGCUUGGAUCCACACUACGCCUAUGCGGAUUCGGAAGACAGAAUGGAUUUUUACCUAUACCAACAGAAAUUCUUGCGAAGGCGCAGGAUGAAGAAGCUACCAAAUCCCGUGGGUUACACUUGGGCCGUUCAGGUCAUCAAACAAAACUGGGUAUUGGAAAAGAACUACAAUUACCAUGUCCAGCGUUUAUUCGAGACUGGCUGGCAGAAUAAACUGGCGGAGGAUGUCCACGAACUGGCCGUUCGAGCUGGCUUCCUGCACUUCUUUCCCACCCAAACGGAAACUAUCGAACCACUGCGACUCGAGGAUAUUGUGAUGGCUGCCAUGGUCUUGGGCGGCGGACACGCCCUCGCCGGAAUCUGCUUCCUGGGCGAGUUGCUCGCCUAA